GCACAUAAAGUUCACUUGCCUACAGCUGGUGGCUUGCUUUAAAAUUUAAAUGUGCAUUUAUUUCCCCCCCAUGGAUAUACAUUUAGAACGCUAUGCUUCUUUGCUGUUUCCGAGGGUGAAGCUGAUCCUGAAGGGGACAAUAGCGUGAAGCUGUCGCGUGCAGCGGGGAUGCGCGAACUUUACCGCGCGUGCUGCGCAAUCAUCCCGGUUAUCAUAGGGGUGAUAUCUGACAUAUAAGGUUAUAUGUCCUUGGUUAAAAUGGGCCAGUCAGAUCUAGCCAAUGGAACGGAGGACUCAGUCUAUGAUGGAAGUCAAGAGACCAUCCUGGGAAAUGACAGCAUGAACACUUACAAACCAGUGUUUGUGGAUGACAUCACCAAGCAUCUGAGUGUCCAAAUAUCUCUCAUCUUUGCAUAUUCACUCAUAAUCCUGCUAGGACUUGUGGGUAACAUCCUGGUGAUUUACAUGAUCAUUCUGUACAGAAACAUGCGCACGGUCACCAACUACUUCAUUGCAAACCUGGCCUUGGCUGACCUGAUGAUGGACACGGUGUGUUUGCCUUUCACGCUGGUUUACACGUUGUUGGACGAAUGGAAAUUUGGAGCAGUGAUGUGUCAUAUGGUGCCUUACGGCCAAGCUCUCAGCGUCCACGUGUCCAUUCUCACCCUGACGGUCAUUGCUCUAGAGCGCUACAGGUGUAUCGUCUUCCACCUUGGCCAGCGCCUCAAUAGGUGCACCAGCUUCAUCAUCAUCGGCCUGACGUGGGCGUUCGCCGCCAUACUAGCUGGCCCGCUGGCUAUUUUCCGAGAGUAUCGCCAGGAGGAAAUCCCAUACAUUGACUUGCGGAUCGCAGUUUGCUCUGAGAAAUGGCCCAACGGCACCAAUCGGGACGCCAUCAUCUACAGUUUAUUGAUGCUUCUCCUGCAGUAUGUGAUCCCUUUGGCGAUCAUCAGCUACGCUUACGUGUGCAUCUGGAUCAAACUGAAGAACCACGUCAGCCCUUCCAACCGCAGCGAUGGCAUCGGCCGCCGGAAGAAGACCACGAAGAUGCUGGCGCUGGUGGUCGUGGUCUUCGCUGUUUGCUGGCUUCCCUUCCACAUUUUUCAGCUGGCUAGCGAUCUCGACUUGAUUCUCAAGUUCAAAGAAUACAAACUCAUUUACACCUUGUUUCACAUCGUGGCGAUGUGCUCGACUUUUGUCAACCCAUUGCUCUAUGGCUGGAUGAACCAAAACUACAGGAACGGCUUUCUCAUGUUCUUCCGCUGUGAGCACAAGCCAGACACCAUCUAUCCUGACGGGUCCUUCAGGACUCGAUCUUUGAGAGGGAUGAUUGUGAAUGGGUACAAUGAUGGUCAGCCCAUGACUGCUGUCUAAUCAUGAAGAUGGAGUCUUCCUCUGUCUGGGGGAGCAUUUUUAAUGCACAUGCAGUAUAUAUAGCAGGGUACAAUGGAGCUAAAGGCGCAUCUGGGUAAAAUAAUAAGAUAAUAAUUGGGGUAAGAUAAUAAAUAGAUGACUGACUUUUCCCUUUGAUGACAUGAGGUGGUUGGGUAAUCGCUAUAUUUAUAAUUAAACCAUGACAAAAUAAAAUAUUAUAGUCAUUGUUACUGCUGAAAACCAUAUUCAAAUUUUAUGAGGAUCUCCUUCAAGAGUUUUUCCCUUUUUUUUUAAUAUUUUAAACCGAACAUAUUAAACUAGCAUUAUAUUUAUUGAACAAAAAUACAUUUUAUUUAUCAAAACAAACUGAAAAUAGUACAAUUUUAGUUGAAGUGAUCGUUUUAAGCAAGUAUUAACAAAAAUAUAUUACUUCAGCUAUCAUUACUGGUUGUAUUUGCCCCAUGCUUGUGAGCCUGUAACCCCUCAAAAAAUUCAUGCAUUUGUAUGAUUUUUAAACAAAACUAACCUCUCUUCAUAAUUUAUUUCCCCUCAAAAUGUGUUGCUCCAUAAAUGUUUUUUUUUUUUUCUGCAUUCAUACAUUAUGGGAGUAGCGAAAAGCAGAUUUUCCUAAUGGUGUGCCUUUAGCCCUGUGGACCAAGUGGUGUCCAUUUAUCAUCAGCCCUGUGCAGAACUCUUAUUGAUAAUGUCAGGAAACAGCCUGGAUGCUGCUGAUAGGCUUUCAGUUCUGGAAACAUUUAAGAGCCAAUGGUCUAAGCUGUUAACGGCACGUGACUGAUCACUCUUAGGAUUUGGAGAAAGCUAUUCAUUCGCUUCCUCAUAUAUCUUUAUGGCAUUUGCAUGGCUGGUCCAAGACCUACUGGAAGUACAUGAUUUAAAAUCUGCCAUUAUUGCUCUUGGGGCCACAGAACUUUCUGAGUCAAUUACCUAAACCAUAAAUAUCACAUGACUCAAGUCACCUUUAUUUAAAUAGUGCAUUAGACGAUGCAGAUUGUCUCAUAGCAGCUUUCAAAUAUUAUAACAGGAAAACUCUGUGUUGAGAGGUCAAUUUUCCAGUUAAAGACAGUUCAUCUUUCAUUCAGUGAUGUCAUCGUCCAGUUCAGUUCAGUUCAAAUCCUUCAGGGGCAAUAUGAAUUGGUCUCAUGACAACUCUGAUUGGCGGAUAGCGCCACAAGUGCGCACACAAUUACAUACCCUUCACUAGUGACUAUUCUGAGCUGUUACAUAAAGUCCAUUUCAUGCUUUUAAGAGCCCUUCAAAACAGAAUCUUGCACUGGUGAAAUAUAUGUUGUUUUAUAUGUCGUCAGAGUACGCAGCAAAUGUUAAAUUGCCAUCGCUUUGUAGAAAUCUGGUGCCAAAGCUAAUCGGCCCAACCUUGAACAUUGUUAAAAAUACGUUCAUAUAUUGCAUUGUGGAAUACAAUAUCCACAUAGUGUGCUCUGUUGUAUUUUGUACAUUUUGGCAAAUGUAGUUCUGGGUGUUACUGUACGAGCAUACAGGAAAUGUGCAUAUUAUGCAUAUGGUGCGUCUCAAUCAGCUUUAUAGCGCCCAAGCUCAUAAAUCAGUAUAUCGUGCAGCUGAAUCUGUGCACUGGGAAGGAUCCUGCCUCACUGCACAUCGAGACAGUGGUUUGUCUGUUCAAAUCUUAUAUUGAGUGUCAUUAUAUUAAUGAGGUGCUUGUGUGUUCUAUGUUUUGCGCUUCAGAAAUGUCAUUUAAUUUCUGAUACAUGAAACUCCCUGGUUUUUGUGGUGCAUUGUGGGAUUUUGCGUGCACUGGAGGGAUUUCGCGAAUGAAACAGCCCUGAUCAGUGCUCAAACUACUGAACUAUAGUGAGCUGAUUGAGACACACCAAUACUAUUCACUACAUCAAUGGCAAGACUAGCAUAACAGCAUUUCAA